CCUAGACGCUUGUGUAACAGUUGUUCUUGCUACCAGUCGCUACUAACUAAAUUAAAGUGAACGUGACAACAAUGCUGAGCUUGGGCACGGAGUGAGGUUAACGUUUCGUUGUCAAAGAACAAUCGUCUGGGAUGAUCCUUUAUUAUUUCUGGGAAAUAAAGUGAGAUACAAGGCUCAGGUCAUUUCUGCUAGGAUUCCUGGUAUUAUCGAACGGGGAAUUGCACCAAUUUGAUGAUCCUAGACAGUCAACAUCUGUCAACUCGUCUAGUCUAUGGUCAAUAUUGAGGAGGAUUUUCUGCCAGUUCUGCUAAUUGGAACUUCUGUUGCUCUUUGUUUACGUAUGCGUACCAUCAUAGACCAACUGAAAUAACUUGUUGAUGUGUCAGUGGACAGUAUUUCGCAGAAAUGGCAACUGAAUCAAAUGUACGAAUUUUACAAGAAAAUCAAGGAAUCCUGAAGAAGUCUGUUGUAAAUUUGUUUCCCAAACAAGGGGACUGCUCUUAUGUGUCUUGCUAUUGCGAAGAAAAUGUGUAUAAACUUGGAGAAGAAGUGACUAAGGCACACCCCAAUGAGCUUAAUAAAUGCUACGCUGUUUUCAUUUCGAACCAGAGUAGAACUGUGCCACUGUGGAGACAACGAGCUGGAAAGAAUGAAGACCGCCUGAUAAUUUGGGACUACCACGUAAUUUUUCUGUAUCAUCCAGAACCAGACAAGUGCUUAGUCUACGACUUGGAUUCGGAAUUGCCUUUUCCAACCUAUGUGCACAAGUAUGUUACCGAAACCUUUCGAACUGAUCACAUUCUAAAGCCAGAUUAUUUCAG